AAACAUUUCUCCAGUCUAGUUGAUCAAACAUUAGGCGUUUGUUAUUAUUUUUGUUAAUAUUGAUGCAGCUUGCCUAAAAUAUGGGUAACAUCAACAAAGGAUAAUAAAUGUUUGAUUUUAAUUACUUAGAACACAUAUAAGUUUGAGGCAUGAGGUUCUCACGAGGCUUGCUGAAGAUUCAGGUUCAGCAACUCUAUCUCUACCUCCUGAUCAUGAGCACGACCUUCUUGAUUUCCCUCCACAUCGUCCAGUACCACCGACUCCAGGGCAAGUACGUCUGCAAAGCUCUCCCGACCUACCCCAUGAAAAUACAACGCCCCCCUUCAACCUCCAGGGCGAGGCACGACCGGGACGUCUGCUUCGGCGAGCCCAAGCUGACCAAAUGGGCCGACUGUCCGCAGUGCUACCGAGCCACGGUGCACAACUUGACCAAAGAGCUACACAGAGUCCCGCGGAACAUCACCCUUUUCCCAAGAGGACCGCCGGCGUUUUUUCACCCGAAAAAGACGAAACAGCAGGAUUUGAUCUACAACGUUCUGAUCGCACCGGAGUCUGUGUGUUCUAAAACCUGCCCGUAUCUAGUCGCCGUCGUUCCUUCGGUGAUAGACGACCAGGCCCAGCGUAUCGCCAUCCGCUCCACAUGGGGCAGCGUGGCCAAAACCCAUCUCUGGCCGUUCGCCCACGUCAACGCCGACGUGGAGCUUAUCUUCGUGUUGGGUCACCAGAACAAGUACACCGAGGCGCCCGAGUCGAGUCUUGCCCAAGACAUGAAGCUCGCCCAAGACGAAGCCGCGCUGUACCGGGACAUCCUGUUCCUGGACAUGCAGGACUCUUACUACAACCUGACCCUUAAAGUCAUGUCCAGUUUACACUGGGUCCGCAUACACUGCCCGGGGGCGAAGUUUGUCCUGAAGAUCGACGUGGACACCUUCGUCAACAUCCCGCUGCUGCUGGACCUGCUGCUGUUCAACGAGGAGCGUCUAGAGAUGUCGGUGCUGGGCUACGCGUACGUGCAGAACAGCGCUUUCCGCACGGGCAAGUGGAUGAUCAGCCCCGAGGUCUGGCCGCCGCCCUUCUACCCGGUCUAUGCGUCAGGGACCAGCUUCGUCCUCUCCUCGUCCCUGCUGGGGAGCCUGGCUGAGGCGUAUGAAUACAUUCCCGCCAACUGGACCUACAGCUCCCUGCCCGUGUACUUGCGCGACUGUUACAUCACAGGGGUGCUGGCGGACGCGCUGAGCGUCGAGACCCACACCCUCCCGGGGUUCCUCCCCGACAAGCCCCAUUGGCCGCGGUGCGCCAUGAUACACGAUCGAAUCCUGAUGGGUCAGACCGAUUUUUUUAAAACCUGGAGGGCUUUUUAUCGGUUCUACGGAGGCUGCUGGAAAAUUUACACGGAAUGAACUUUUUUAUCUCCCCAUUUUAUUUGGAAAUUUCAUUUUAUAAGCUUAAAUAUAUGCUACAUAAUGAACUAUUUUAUAAUGAGUAUUGU